AUGCGCCUCAUCCAGAACAUGUGCACCAUCGCCGAGUACCCCGCCCCGGGAGCGGCCGCUGCCGACUACUGUCUGGGGGCAGCGGGCCGCCGGCUGGUCAAGAUCGCCGUGGUGGGGGCCAGCGGCGUGGGCAAGACCGCUUUGGUGGUCCGGUUCCUCACUAAACGAUUCAUCGGAGACUAUGAACGAAAUGCAGGUAAUCUCUACACCCGACAAGUCCAGAUAGAGGGAGAAACUCUGGCUAUUCAAGUCCAGGACACUCCAGGCAUUCAGGUACACGAGAAUGGCCUGAGCUGGACCGAGCAGCUGAAUCGCUGCAUCCGCUGGGCCGACGCCGUUGUCAUCGUUUUCUCCAUCACGGACCACACGAGCUAUGAGCUCAUUGGCCAGCUCCACCAGCACGUCCAGCAGCUCCACCCCGGCGCUCGGCUGCCUGUGGCGGUUGUGGCCAACAAAGCUGACCUGUUACACCUCAAGCAGGUGGACCCUCAGCUUGGACCGCAACUAGCCGGCAUGCUGGGCUGUUCCUUCUAUGAAGUGUCAGUCAGUGAAAAUUACAGCGAUGUCUACAGCGCUUUCCACGUCCUUUGCAAAGAAGUGAGCCACAGACAGCAGCCCAGCAGCACGCCCGAGAAGCGGAGAACCUCUCUCAUUCCCAGACCAAAGUCACCCAACAUGCAGGACCUGAAAAGGAGGUUUAAGCAAGCUCUGUCUGCUAAAGUGAGGACUGUCACGUCUGUCUGAAGCGGGACUCCUUGAGGGGGUUUGGUCUUCUGGGCAGAGGGCCUGAGGUUCUUAGGCAGGACCAUCGCAGGCUGACGGCAGUUCAUGGUUCCAGAAAGGGCUGCAGCCGAGGGGCCUGAGGGGCCUGUGGAAUUCUGCAAAAGAAGUGUUUGGGGCCCGAGGACAGAUGGACAGAUAUGUGACUUUUCUGUUGCUCCUUUAACGUGGGGGUGGGCCAUGUUUUUGUUCCUCACUGCCUUAUGAAUGGUGGUCAGUUUCGCCAGAUACAUUGAUGUGAAUUAGGGUGGGCACGAAAGACCCGAGCAAACAUUCAUAGGCUUUCUCUCCCUUCGCCAUUUUUUUUGCCCUCCCAAGAGAAAGGUUUGCUUUUCUCAGUAUCUCCAACAUGCUAUCAUUACGGGAUGCCUUUCUGACUUGAAGAAUACCCAGAUUUUUUUAAGAACAAGGAGGGACCCUCCCCACUCCAUAAAGGUCAAAUUUUAGGAGAAAAUAUUCUGUGUAAAGACACCUGUGAGCUGUGAUCUACAGGAAGGUGCUGGAUCUCCUGAUACAGGAUGGGUAUACAUGUUGAGUCGCUGUGAAAAACUCAACCCAGGACUGCCCGACUGUGACAUGUACAGUUGUUUGCUUCUUCUUUCUUUUUUUUUUUUUAAACUGUGGCAUCAGGUACAGAAAAAGUGUUAAUUGAUGGUGGUGUGGUUUGUGUAAAUGACUCACGGCAAUGACGUUGGGUUGCUUCCUGGGCCUGGCUGAGUCGUGGCUAUGGGUGGCUGAGAUACUGAAAUGCUGUCUUAGAGAGUGACCCGAUGCAGGCCUAGCUGCCAAAUCCCCUACACAGAUGCACUUUAAGAAGCCACUCAUGCUUUGGCUCGAACUGUAAUUAAUUUAUUUUAUGUACAAUAAAUCUCUCAUUUGAUAAGAGCA